AUGGCAACAGGUACAGUGCUUCCCUCUGCAUACGCCGCCUUCUUUGCCGGCAGAAAAACAGCCCACAGAUCGAAAGGGCCCAAAGGCGUCAACAUCAAGAAAGCCGAACAGUACGACGAAGACGACGGGUGUCUCGAUUUCACCACCGACUGCGGGACAAAUAAGAGAAGGUUAUUAGGCUGUCCCGACGCCGACGCCGACGCCGGCCGAGCCAAGAAGUCGAAGAGGAUCACGGCCGGUUCGGGUUCAUCUUCCUGGUACGGCAGCAUACACGACUACGAGUGUCUGGACAUGAUCAGCCAGGGCGCGUACGGUGCCGUCUACAGAGCACGCCACAAGAAGACCCACGAGAUUGUGGCCGUGAAAAAGGAGUUUGGCGGGUUAUGCGAGUCGACACUGACCGAAAUAAGCAUCCUCCGCUCCAUCCGCCACCCGUCCGUGGUCGAGUACAAGCAGGUGGUCAGCGAUGACCUCGACGGGAUUUACGUGGUGAUGGAGUACAUGGAAUACGAUCUCCACGAAUACUUGAAGAAGAAUCCCUCGAUCGAUCUUCCCCAAGUCAAACGCUUGAUGAAGGAGCUGCUCGAGGGAGUCCAGCACCUUCACGAGAAGGAAGUCAUGCACAGGGACCUCAAGCCAUCGAACCUCCUCUUAAACGCCGAGGAGCCGGGCAAGCUCAAGAUUUGUGAUUUCGGGUUGUCCAGUCGGUUCGAGGACAAGCCCUGCACGCCCCACGUAGGGACUCUAUGGUACAGGGCGCCUGAGCUGUUCCUUGGGGCCCACGAGUAUCUGCCUGCAGUCGACAUGUGGUCGGUCGGCUGUAUCAUGGCAGAGUUCUUCUUGGGAAAAGUGCUUUUCAGAGGGGAGUCGGAAAUCGAGCAGCUUCAGAUCAUAGUAACUAAUUUGGAGCAGCCACACUGUGAGCUUCAACACAAGUUUGCUGCUGCCAAUGCUUUGAAAGGCGGGCCGUUGCUCACGCAAAGUGGAUUCGAGCUGCUGUCACGCCUUUUGACGUACAGUCCGCAAGACAGAAUAACGGCUCGAGAGGCUCUUGGUCAUUGGUGGUUUCAAGAGUGA